AUGACAGAUGAAUAUGGAUUUGAAACCAGAUUACGUUAUUUGGAGCAUAUACUUUUAGGACAACAACAACAACAACAAAAAGAUGUUGAUGAAAACAUUUUGAAACGCAUUCAAGCACUUUUAAAAAAUAUGGAUGCAGUUUAUAAAACGAACAAGUCCAUUAAGGACUUUAUUACAAAAUAUGAUAUGCAUGCAAAUAUAUUAAAUCCUUCUAAUUCUUCAUUUGCUUUGGAAAGAGAAGUUUUAGCACCUGAUGUAAAACUUGAGUUGGUACUUUGUGCACAACAAGAUUUAGAAAAGUUUGCAAAUGAAGUUAAACAAGUGAAAGACUUGGAAUAUGUUGUGAGUGGCAAAAGAUUUGAUGUGAUUGAGUCAUUAGCACCACAACUUUCAACGCUAGAAGUUAAACAUGAGAAACAGAUUGAUAAAGUAAAUGAACUGACAAGACAAAUAACAGAUUUUAUGGAAAGAUAUAAUGGAAUGGUGAAUACAUUAUCAGAAAUUUUUAUUUCUUGGGAUCAUAUAUUAACUAAUAUUGAAACACAUGUUAGUACAUUAGAACGAAAUAAUUCUGAAUUGUGA